AUGUACCAGUCUCCUCCAGCCCAGCCCACUCCUACCAGUCUCCUCCAGCCCAGCCCACUCCUACCAGUCUCCUCCAGCCCAGCCCACUUCUACCAGUCUCCUCCAGCCCAGCCCACUUCUACCAGUCUCCUCCAGCCCAACCCACUUCUACCAGUCUCCUCCAGCCCAGCACACAUGUACCAGUCUCCUCCAGCCCAGCCCACUUCUACCAUUCUCCUCCAGCCCAGCCCACUUCUACCAUUCUCCUCCAGCCCAGCCCACAUCUACCAGUCUCCUCCAGCCCAGCCCACAUCUACCAGUCUCCUCCAGCCCAGCCCACAUCUACCAGUCUCCUCCAGCCCAGCCCACAUCUACCAGUCUCCUCCAGCCCAGCCCACAUCUACCAGUCUCCUCCAGCCCAGCCCACUUCUAUCAGUCUCCUCCAGCCCCGUGACGCCCCCCCGUAAGACUCGAGGGUUGCCCUGCUCCUGGUCCGUGAGCUGCCUUGUCAAGUCCACAGACUUGACAAGGACAGUUUAACAAGCCCAGCCCAGCCUGGACAUGCUGACUGCCACAAGCACAAGCGUCUGCUAAAGCUGUUCUCUGAUAUAGCCCAGGAGCUCAAGUCUUGCUCAGUACCCAAUAAUAAGCAGUGUGAAUUUCAAAUGCUUAUUUACCAAUUUUUAGUCAUUUACCAAUUUUUAGUCAAUGUUAAGAAAUACAUUACACUGUGCAGUGUAUUUCAGGCGUCAAUCUAUAGAAAAAUUUAUAAUUUCUUUGUACAGCAUGUCAAAUUCUUAGUAAUGUGCACCAUGCAUCGCUUAAUUAAUAUAACCUUUAUUAAUGUAGCCUUAUCAGGGCUUAACAUGAAAGGAGAAUAGGCUACAGUAAUUCAAAUAUAACGCCA